AUGGCGGUCGCAUCAACGUACUCGGGCUGGGUCAAGGAGCUCGAAGCCUUCAAGCCUACGACGAGCGACGAAGACGACGACGACGACGACGACGAUGCCCGGGUCGAAGCGAUCGCGGCCGAGUACGCACGCCCCCGGCGGGGACACUCGUCGCAGCUGGACGAGAUCAAGCAAGAAAUGAAGCUUCUCAAUUGGCACAAGCUCGCCAACGAAGCCGCGCUCAAGGCCGCGCUCAUCAAGACGAAAAAACUCAAGCGCGAAGACUUGCGCGUGGCGGCGAUCGUCGACGCCGACGAGCGACACGAGCGGCGGCAGCAGAUCGAAGAAGAGGAAAACAUGAAGCCGCUCGAGGUCACGGCCGAGUUUAUCCGACAGUACGAAGCCGACGAGCGCCGGGAAGAAAUGCGUCUUGAAAACAAGGUGGCGCGCCAUAUCAACUGCUUGCGGAAACUCAAGGGCAUGCUCGCCGAGCGAGAAGAGCUCCGAGCGCGCCACUUGCGCUACCGCGACGGCCGCGCGGCCCUCGAGCGCAAGCUAGCUGGCGUACGACGUUGA